AUGCCCAGGGCCUUCGGCGGCAGCGGAAACGCGACACUCGACGCCCCAGGAAGCACCCCCGGGCGCACCAACGGCAGAGAAAAUCACAGCCCGAGAUUCAACACCUCACACUCUUCACGGGGAAACCGGCUUCCAAGUCGACAUCGCCAGCGGAACAGCGCCCAACAGAACCGCUCGAGCCAGCAAAACGAUAGCUCUUCAGCCAGAAACUCGGGAUUCCCAAGCCACGCAGGAGAGCCACGAGAGCAGCAAAACCAACAGCAAACUAGGCAACCCAACCUAAGACCCGUCAGUCAGAGGUACGUCUCCCCGAACGGGAAUGCUCAGGAGGGGGUAGGGUUGAGUUCUUACAUUACCGGUCGGAUGGAGCCCAAUGGUCGCCCUGGGACUGCUCGUAGGGGGAGAGGUGAUGUUAGUUCAAGAGGCCGUGGCAAAGGCGCGUUUGGGGCCGCAUCUGGUGGGCCUCCGCUUGGUGGAAAUCCUUUCGGUGGCCCAUCUAGCAAACCUACCCCUGGCAGAGGCGGCCGAGGUAGUCGGGGAGGAGUUAGGGGUGGUAGGGGAGGCUACCAACGGGGUAGCCCAGCUCCCUCUGGUGGGGAUGAGUCCGAUGUUUCUGGGGACGAAGGCGCUGUGGCUCAGUUCACUGAUAGUGCAGGAUCUUUCAAUGGAGAAAAUCCUCGAGAUAAGGAUGCGGCUAAAAGUGCUAGAGCCGAGAGGUUUUCUGACAAGGCUCCCACAAUGGCGCUCUUCGAAAGAAUGAAAAAUGAUCGUGUCAGAGAGAGACGAGAUGCGAUUGCCAAUGGAACUAUCGACGACCCAGAUGUUCCGAAGAGGCUUGAGGAUGCGCUUGAUUUUGUUGGAACUUGUAUGGACAUGUGCCCGGAAUUCGAACGGGUCGAAAGAAGCGUCCAACACAGCGUUGACCCACUAGAGUUGGAUCCCCGAACCGGUGAGAUUGAUAGGAACUAUGCUGUCAAGCGGUUUCAUCGACCGGCGGCUGGAAAUGACGCUCAACUUCCUUCCGAUGUUCGACCACCCAAGGUAUUGAUCUCGACACUGGCAUAUCUCGUUUACAACCUAUGCGGUGGGGACAUCCCAUUAUCUAAAACACAUCCUUUCGUACGUGAUCGUACUCGGGCGAUUCGACAAGAUUUCACCCUGCAGAAUUACCGGAAAGCAGAAACUGUUCAGUGCCAUGAGAUAAUUGCCCGGUUUCACAUACUUUCACUCCACAAACUCGCCAAGGAUACCCCCGAUCAUUUCGUAGCGCAACAGGAAAUCGAACAACUUCAGAAAACAUUGACAACACUGAUGGAAUUGUACGAAGAUGCGCGCUUGGAUGGUUAUAAUUACGUUAAUGAGGCAGAGUUCAGGUCUUAUCAGAUUAUCACGCACAUCCGUGAUCCAGACCUCCAGCGCCAGGCACAGAGGUGGCCGUCUAAUAUCUUCAGCUCGGCUCCUGUACAGAUGGCUCUCAAGUUCUUUGCUCUUAUCCAGGCGAAUAAUCGAAAACAAACCAAUCUUGGGACUAAGAACACCGAAUCAUGUUUCAAUAAUUUUGGAACGUUCUUCAGAUUAGUCAAGAGUGAGAGAGUGCCGUAUUUGAUGGCGUGUUUACUUGAAACACAUUUUAGUGAGGUGCGGAAAUAUGCAUUGAAGGCAAUGCGGGGCGUAUACAGAAGGGAUUCUAAGCAGAUUUUGUUGAAAUUUGUUCAGGAGACACUGGCAUAUGAGGACGAGGCCUCCUUGAUGGCAGAUUGCGACAAUUACGGAUUAUCUUAUGCAAUGACGGAUCCGGAUCCUGGACAAGAACCAGAAAGCUAUCUGGUAAUACACAAAGGAAAAGGGCCUUGGACAGAUAAUCUGCCAACUAAACAAUCUUUCCAUGAAUUCGUUGAGGCUAAGCUCAUGGGGCGGUCAAUUUCCGAUGUUCUCUGGGAACCUAAGGAGGGAGCGAUGUCGAACGAGACCAAAGCACAAUUGUUGCUCAGCCGCGCUCCCCAUCAGCGUACACUGGACCCAAGCGCUCUUACCCCACAAGUAUCUCCAUUUCCCCCUACUUCUCAGAACGGGUUUGGCUCUCAACCACUUCCAAAGCUCUCAAACCUCAGCAGCAAGCCAGCCUUUGGUCCCUCCACACUUUCUGCAGCUGCUCAGGUUGCGUUGGGUUCUGCUCCCAUAUCGAAGCCUUUACAUCCGGAUGGCAUACGGAGCUUUGGCAGUCGUGGAUCUGUCCCGGAUUCAGAAAUUGCCCCAGGUUUCCCCGGCCCCCAACCUGUAGCAGCUAUGAACAACGUGUUCGGCGGUGUUCAAAGCAAUUCUUCUGUCUUCGGUAAUGUACCACGAGAGUUCCCCGCUGUGGGGUCUUUGACUGCUGGAACUAGCCCAUUUGCAGCUAGUUCAACAGGUCCGCCCCAGAAGAAUCCAUUCGGACCCCCGGCCGUGGGUCCUCUGAAAUUUGCCACAGGGACAUCGUCUGUGCCAACGUCUACAAGUUCACCAGUGGGAUUUAACUCCGUUACCAAUGAAUCGGCAACACUAAACCCGCAGUUUCCACCUCAGCUGAAGCCUGCGCCGCUGGGUGAUCCACCCGCGCCCGUUCAGCCGCCGUUCGGGUCCGUCGCUGUUUCUCCUGGCUCACCGGCCGCCCCUUCUGCCACAGCUUCAGUGUUUCAACCUAUUGCAGACCGAAAACAGCCCUUAUUCCCGCCCGUGGCUCCUCAACAAUCAGCCCAGUCAUCUGCCCUCGGCAACUCUCUGGGUUCUCGGCCUUCGGGAUCGGCCCCGCUCCCAAGCCUCUUCCAAAAGCCCGAGACGCCAUCACUGUUCGAUUCGAACUCAGUGCCGGCCUCAGCAAAUGGGGGCUCGGUCUUUGAUAGCCUUCAAAACUCGUCUCGAUCGUCUCCAGCUUCUUUCGUCUUCCCUCCGUAUGUUCCAGAUGAUACAGGGGAUGACGAUGAACUUGCCGACAAUGUGGCUACCCAAUCUUAUACACACUCUAGUGACCUAGUGAAUAAUUAUCCGCCUGCUACCUCCAUGUCAUCUCAGGCCUGGCCAGCCCCAACAGGUGAUAUUGAUCAAGGGUCUUUAUUUGCUAGCCGUUUGUCCGGUCUCAAGCAAAAUAGUGCUGUUCCUUCUAUUUCUAGCCUAGCCCAGCCAUUCAGUGCAGCUGCACCAGAGCCCCCGCAUCCCGUCCCAACAAACAAAAAGCUGUUCCACUCCCCUGCGAGGAUAACGGAGUUAGCAGAUUCGCUCUUCGAUCAACUUCUGGAAGGGAAAAUCAAGGAGGUUGUUCAAAAUGUCAUGGAGGACAGCAGAGUGGCACUCGCUGAGUCUAUCGCCAGCGAUUUUCUUGAUAUACAAGCAUCGAAGAUUGCUGCAAAUGUGGUCCAGGAAGCGAUAGCCGAGAGUUUUCAUGAAACACGGUUAAAGGAAAAGGUGUUUGUUCCAUGGAAGCGUGUGUCACGGAAGCUAUGGCUCAAGCGCUUGAGGCAAGAGAGAAUAAAGAACCCUCCCCCGCCGAUAUCACCGCAAUGGCACCCGGUUCAAUUCCCGGAUAAUGGUGCACCGUCUGUGGAGGUACACAAAUACAUUAAUCUGAUGUUUAAAGCACCACCGCUCGCGGAUCUAUUUCACCCCAAGGUUGAGAAUGCGUUCUGGGCUACUUCGCGAAAGGGGGAGCAUCCGACCUGGCGCCUCCUCAUCGUGAACACCAAUUCCGAAGACGCCGGAAACUUCUGGUGGAAGAAUAAAUUUCUGGGCCAAGGGAUGCCACGAAAGGCGAUAUCUGAUAGGGCGACCUUUGAAGCCCAACUCAAACUUGAGCAGGGUGAUAUGGGCCAAGUGAAGGAGACUGGAGGUUUUAUAUUUGGCUGUUCCGCGUCGUACAAUGUCUCGAACGAAGAGAGAUUCAAAAGCGAUAGGAGGAACCUCCAUGAUGCAGUUGAAUUCAUGUUGGAGUGCACUUCGUUCCAGAAGCUUGCGAUUGUGAUUGUCUGCUAUCGAUCCCCUUUGGAUACGACCGAUGCAGACCCCUUUGGCGAAUCUGAUAGAACGUCCGGAGAAGGGCGAGAAAAGCGUCUUGCGGCCAUACGGGAGGCUCUGGCCUUGAACGAGUUUGGUUCCAGAGUCAUUGGAAAAGAGAUUAUAUUAGUAGAAACUUUCGACGAUGUAGACUUUACGCCGGCGAUGAAGAGGCUCUCCGGGUUGGUACUGGAGUCGGUCAAUCCAGCGGUCGCAGAGGCUCUGGCGCCAAAGAAGUCUUUGAAGCGGAAACGUAUCCUCCACCCACCAAUGUUCGCCAACCUCGUUGUUCCACCCCCGCUCGAUCAAACCCCGAAGAACGAGAAGAGUGGUGGGUCGGCUCGCCCUAAAAGAAGGAAGUCAACACCACCCGAUCGGCACAUUAUAACUGGAAGUAUGCAGAGGGGCUAUAUUGACUAUCAGACCCAAAAGUUGGGCUGGAGGAAGUCUGCCGGGGGAGCUCUACCUAACGGCGUCAAAGACCCUGUGAGAGAAGAGAUAUUAGUGACGACACGUACUCCGAUUCAGCCUACCUCGGAGUCAAAGAAAUCUUCGCCCAUAGCAUCUCUCAGUGCAGAAGUCGAAGAUGCGAUGAAUAUUACGAGGGGACUCGACCGAAGUUUUGACGAUAUUACGGAGGACUUCAGGGAAUUGGCGUAUAGGUGGCUGCGGAAAGAAAGCCGUUAGGUACUAGUUUCUCAAUGUUAGCGUCUGCAUGUGUUUCAAUGAUGGUGAAUUUCUCAUAUUUCUCCUUUCUUGUUAGCAUAGGGUCAGUUUUUUGAUUCUUCUCUCGCGUUCCGGUUGGGUCGGUUCAUAGUAUUACGAUAAUUUCCUGUUUCUCGGACUGUAAGUAGCAAUGGCAAUACUUGAGAAAGGCCUUGGAGAUGGUGGAGGGAAGGGGGGCUCCUUUGUAUUAUAUGUAUCUCUUUGGCGAAAAGGCUUUAGGAUGUGGUUCAAGCGGUAAACUUGUUUUUAUUGUUUCACGUUCUCUUUUAUAGAGCCCCUUUCCUUCUCCUUUUCUUGUACAAAAUACUGAUAAGCGUGGAGGCAGAAGACGCCAGACGCAAAGGCUGUUUGACUUGUUGUGCUUUACACUCUAGAGGUAUUUAUUAUGGUGUGUCCUCAGAAUGAGGACACAGUUGUUUAUUUCCACACGGUUAUGCCAUAUCUUGGUGUAGGAGUACCGUACCAACGGCAGUGAUUUGUGUGAAUUUAGUUACCGUGGUGUCAUAACGGCGAUAAUAUCAUGGUGGAAGUGGAAGUCAAAGGUGUUGGAUGAUGGUGUCGCUGUUUUGCUAGUAGAUGGGUUAUUGUAUGAUACAGGAAUCUAAAGAUCUAUGUUAAACAGUGA